CCACGCCGCCGCCUCCACGUCCUUCUACACCCACACCAAAAACCCUUUAAAAUCACGAUAAAUAAUUGAGAUUUCACCACAAAAGUCGGCAUGGAGUUAGCUAAAGGCUUUUGCGACCUGAAUAUCGCCGCUGCAACCAAUGACUUGAAGCAAACAGUGUUAAAAGCUCUUAGUAUUGGCUACCAAACCAUCGCCAUAAACACCGAGGUUACCGACACUUCGACCACCGAGAAGAAAAAGAAGAAGAAAGGAAAUGAGGCUCCCCUCGUCCCCCCACCAACAAAACUCACAUUAACACCAGAGGACCUGAAACAGCACAAAAUCACAAAGGAGCCCGUAAUUCUAACGCGCAUCACAGUCACCUAUUCGGAGCCGAGUUCGUCCUUCCUCUCCAAGUACAAGGAUGCUCUGAAACAGUAUGACAUCAUUGCGUUCACACCCACCACAGAGGGUGCGCUCAAACAGUGUGUUACACAGACCCUUGUUGAUGUGGACAUAAUAUCUCUAUCUCCGGUGGAACUCAAAGGCCGGCCAGCAUGGAAGUUGAUACGCUUAGCAGUAGAAAAAUGCAUCUAUUUUGAGAUUUGCUACGCCCCAUGCCUAGCCAACCAGAGCAGUCGCCAGGGAACCAUUGUCCUGUCACACGUCCUCCAUCAGAGCUGCAGGUCGGCGAACGUAAUCCUGACCAGCCAAGCCAGACACCCCAGCCAGCUACGACACCCCUAUGACGUCAUGAACCUUGGCCGUUUCUUUGCCCUGUCAGAAGGCGCAGCCAAGGAGUCCAUUGGCAUGCUGGCUCAUAGUGCCGUGUACUGUGCAUUGGCCCGGAAGAGAGGAGCCUCCAAGUGUGCAGCUCAGGUCGAAGUGUUGAAAGAGGAGAGUGCAGCCAAGAAGUUCAAGGGUCUCGAUGAUGCGAGAGCAUUAGCCCAGUCCACUAUAGAAAUUCAUGAUUAAGAAAUAGUUUUAUUUCUUCUUUUUUCUUUUCUCUCUCUCUUUUUUAAUAUAUAAUGAUGUAUAUGUAUGAAGAAAUUAACAUUUUGUAUAUUUGUGUUCCUGAAGGAAUAAAGCUUUCUUAUAUACUCUA